CCGCGCGAGGCGCCGGGAGAGCCCCGGCUCCGACCCCUCCCCCUGAACGCCCGGCCCGAGAGCGGGACGGGGGCGGCGAUGGUGACUGGGCAGCGGCUCGCGGCCGGGUGCUGGGCAGGGAGGCACCGCGGCUUCUUUCUCUCUCUGCUCCCGCCCCUCUCUUUCCUCCUUCCUUGAUAGUCCCGCCGGCGGCCGCCGAGGUCGGCGCUCUCGCCUCGUCUCCUCCCCCAGCUGGGGACCCUCUCCUCUCCCCUCCCUCGCCCCCUCCUCUCGCCGCCGCCUCCUCCUCCUCGCCUGAGCGGCUAGCUGCGGGGAGGCGUAACGGAAAGCCCCGGCGUGGGGAAGGCUGCGAGCUCGGAGCCAGAGACGCGGAGCCGGGGCCGGGUCGGCGGGGAAGCAGACUCUUGAAUUCACAGCUGGCUUAUGGUUUUGCCUCUUGUUACAGAGGACUCACACAGAGCUCAUAUCGGAGAUGUUGGUUUUGUAAAAUGUAUUUGCCAGUGUGGCCGACUAAAGGGAUUUCACUGUAUGCAGGGGUCGUGAGAGUUAAACAGCAAAUGUGAAAACUGGAAGGACCUCAAAACAGAUGGUAAACGUAAGGUGGCAUUUUUCUGAAGUUGUUCAUUGACACUUCCCAGCAUUUCUGCAGAUAAAAUAGGUGAGGCCGCGCUCCGAGCUCGGACAUGGCAGCAUGACGGCCUGGGACCGCACUGCCAGAGGCCGGCCAGGAGGAGCCCCCGGCUGCGGGAGCGAGCGCCCGGAGCAGCGACUGCUUCCUGAGGCCGCCUGAGCCUCCUUCCCCACCCGCCGGCUGUUACUGUUCACCCCGUGGAGUCCUGACUUCUCCGCCUGCAACAUCAAUAUGUGUCAUGUUAUUGUCACCUGUCGCUCCAUGCUCUGGACCCUCCUGAGUAUCGUAGUGGCUUUCGCAGAGCUCAUCGCCUUCAUGAGCGCCGACUGGCUCAUCGGCAAAGCCAAGAGUCUCAGCGGCGCCGAGCCGGACGAGCGGAGCGGAGGCCCGUCGGAGCCCUACCACCCGACCCUGGGCAUCUACAACCGCUGCAUCCGCAACCCCGGCGUGCAGCACGUGCAGCGGGAGACGCUGUGCGGGCCCUACGCCGAGAGCUUCGGCGAGAUCGCCAGCGGCUUCUGGCAGGCCACCGCUAUCUUCUUGGCCGUGGGCAUCUUCAUUCUCUGCACUGUGGCCUUGGUGUCCGUCUUCACCAUGUGUGUGCAGAGCAUCAUGAAGAAGAGUAUUUUCAACGUGUGCGGGCUGCUGCAAGGGAUCGCAGGUUUGUUCCUGAUCCUGGGUCUGAUACUCUACCCGGCCGGCUGGGGCUGCCCAAAGGCCGUAGGCUACUGUGGACACUAUGCGUCAGCCUAUAAGCCCGGAGACUGCUCCUUGGGCUGGGCCUUUUAUACUGCCAUCGGGGGCACAGUCCUCACCUUCAUCUGUGCUGUCUUCUCCGCCCAAGCAGAAAUUGCAACCUCCAGUGACAAAGUACAGGAAGAAAUCGAAGAGGGGAAAAAUCUUAUCUGCCUCCUUUAGUUUGGAAGAGACCGACAUGCCAUUUUCAUCCUGGGUAACCUUGUGAAACAGUGCUCCUCUGGUUUCAUCGUCUGAGUCAGGUGAAGAACUAGCCUUUAUCUACCAAAGCCUACAUUCCAUGGCCCCAAGCCUUAACAGGACCAGUGCGGGGCAACGUCCAGCUAAGUGAUUGCACUCAAGGGCCGCAGUUCAAACUCUCAGAGGUGGAAUAUGAAACUACUGCACGAACCCUGACACACAGCUGACAAGUCUGUCCGACUCUAUCUUCUCCCGGGCUCAUAAAGGAGAAUGAUCUAAACCAUCAAGGCAGCAGUUCGUCUGGUAACAGGAGGCCAGAGCUACAUGUGCAGUUUAUUCUGAGAUGUAUUUCUGCCACCAGGGUGCAUGUCUGUAAGCAUCCCUGCCUCAGAAUGAGGUUUUGGGGUUGGAGUUUUGGUCUCCUCCUAGUUGUUCUUCUGAGACUAAAAUGAAGAUUGCAUACUUACGGGGGAUAGCUUAUGUGCUCGAGGGCAUAAUAUGACCAGAGGGGUCAGCAGGUCAGUGUGGAAUCCCAUUGUGGAACGUGCUCUAGGCUGAAUUCCGGGGUAGGGUUGGACUGACUGAACGUCUCUCCAAGAUUUUAGAAAUCUGAGUAAGGGAAGAAUAAGGACCGAUAUGAUCAUGGGAAUGAAAGUCAAAAAUCCUGCUAGGGAAGACAAAUUCAUUGCACUGCCCAGCAGUCAGGCUAGCACCAGUACUGGUCCAGUCUCCUUGUCUAAAGGAGAUCCUGUGUUUUUCUCCUAGGGUUAGGAUCGAGCUUUGACUGCCAAAAGGAAGCCUCACCCUGUUUCCUCAUUCCAGGAACAGAGGUCUCCAAGCCAACUGUGGCUCAUUCAGAUGUUCACUGGGAGAACUUACCAGAAUCUCAGCACUUGUGGGGAGACCUUCUCCCACUGUUUGGUAACCAUGUGGUAGUCAGUUAUAUUUAAACCCCAGCAGUGCAGAAUGACCUUCUUUGCAGGAAAAAAAGGAGCUAGUCAUGGGAGUUAAGUUUCUCCAGUUACUAGUGCUAUUUCUGAAAGCAGACUGCAGCAUUAAAUUACUUCAGUAGGUGAGUUGCAUCAAACCUUCAUACCCAGAGAAGUACAGAGUAGAAAUUUAAUGCAAAAACAAGAGUGCCUAGCACCUGCCUAUGCCUCUUUACAAAAAGAAUGGAACACCACUAUUAAAAGGGAUUCAGAAACUUAAAAUCUAGUUUCUAUGAAUUGCCAGUAAAAUUGAUUCAGAAAAAUGGUAUUAGCCACCACCUCAAAUGUACUUUGGAAUGAUCUCAGUGGCAAGAACCUAGCUGGUAUUACCCAGAGCUUCAGAAUUGCAGAAUGAUAUAGAAACACUCCUUACAUAGUGUAAGCAAGUGGAGUGGACCCCUGAGAUUUCUGGAAGAAUUAAAAGUACUGGACUAUUUGGGCUUGUGAAUCUAUUCCCUGAGAGCUUGCUGUGUGUUAAAAGCUUAACAAAUAAUGACUUAGUACCUUCUUUGGGUAAGGUAUUGUAUGCUAAGGGCCACCAGGCACAGAAACCAGAUUCAGAUUUUACAACACUGCCCAUAGUGAAUCAUAUCCAGGCUGAGUCUAAAACCAUGCCUUGGUGCAAAACAAACAGUUGCUUUAUGUGUAGAUGGAAUGGGGCAACUGAAGUUUUAUUCCCUUCUGGCCUUUGGCCUAUACCACAAACCAUCUUAUCACACAGAUUAAGAGCUAAGGGCAGGAGGGGUGGUGGUGUAGAACCAGGCCUUAAUUGGUUCACCAUUCUUAGACCGAAGUUCAGAAUAAGCAAGAUUUAAGUCCUACAACCUUGUUCUGUUUUGUUUUGAAAAGAGGAGUAAAUAGCCUUAUAGCAGCCUACUGUAAGGGCUCAGGAAACAUUAAUCCUAACACCACACAGAAAUAGGGUAUGGAAGCCGAAGGACAGGGUUCCUAUCCCUGCUGUGUAUUUUUAUGCUCUAACCAACUUCCAGUGCCCAAAGUCACUACUUUUUAACCUUUAGCAAUGAUUUUCAUUCCAAAAAACAGCAGCCAAGGGGGAUUCCUUUUAUCAGCAGAUUGGCUCCAAAAUCAGUGUUAGGAAAUGGGUUCUCUAACUCCCUUUUCACAGACAAGUUAAAGUCCUAAGCCCUGAGAACCUUCUGAGAAUGGCCAUCAUCUUUACUCCCAGACUGCUCUUUGGCUAAGGUGGUGGUGUAGCUCCA